AUGGCAUGGUACACACCCAGCAUCUCAACCUUCUCUCCAAACAAAAAGCCACUCCACCCAGCUCUCUACCGCAUCAUCCAACCUCCUCUGCACGAUGCGAAUUUCCGCAGUAUCUGCGCCAACACCGAGAGUAAAGUCCUUUUCGCCCAUAUCCGGGCCGCAACCUCAACGGCAAUCACUCAGACGAACAACCACCCUUUCGUCUUCGGUAUCCACACCAUCAUGCAUAACGGUUAUAUUUCCGAUUUCGCCAAAAUCAAGCGCAAGAUGUGCGAGCACAUGACGCAAGAAGCAUUCGAGCAUAUCCAAGGCGGCACAGACACCGAGCAUUUCGCCGCCCUGCUCAUCUCAUUCCUAUGCGCUCCUGGCGACCCCGCAAAGCCACACAGUGAGAACGACACCGCUGUCCCACCUUCUUGGGAGGAGUACCACAGUCCUGCGGAGAUCCAUUCAGCGCUGCAAAAGACCAUCUCAACUAUCAUCGCCAUCCAAACAGAACUCCUUGGCCCAGCUGCCGCCCAGCCAAAUGAUCUCAACAUCGCAAUCACAGACGGCCGAUCUCUCGUCGCUUGUCGAUUCCGGAACCACGCUACGGAACAGCCUCCUUCGCUGUACUAUUCCACCACGGCGGGAGUGACGCUCAAUAGGCAGUAUCCCGAUCAUCCGGAUGGGAAAAAAGGCCCCGAUGGCUCAAGGAAGGGGAGUGGCGGGAAGGAGGGUGUGGACGGUGCAGAAGGGCGGAAUCCGCUUGCGAAGAAGAGUGUGGGGGAGCAUGGGAAGCAUGUUAUUGUUGCGAGUGAGCCGUCGACGUAUAAGGAUAAGGAGUGGACUUUGAUUGGGAAGAAUAGGGUUGUGCUUGUUGAUGAGGGUGGGGAGGUGAAGGUUGAGGCAUUGGACUUUUGA